CGGAGCCGGCGGGGGGUGGGGAGGGUGGCGGAGAAAUGGGGAACAAUGCGAGUGAGCAACUUCAGGAAGUCAUUGUGAAAGAAAGCUGGGAAGAGCUCGGCGGCCAAGUUAGCAGGGCAUUCUAACAAGUGCAUGCGCGGCCCGCGCCCGGGGCGGCGACUGCGGCGACAGUCCCUGGGUCCCCGCGGAGCGCCGCCGAGCCCGGGCGGGACCUUGGAGGUGGCGAGGCGGCCGGCCCGGGCGAGCCCGGCAGGGCAGAGGGAGCCCCGACCCCGAGGUUGCUCUCCGCGCCUGAGGAUCAGUCUUGGCCCCCAAAGUGCGACGCACACAUCCACAUAACCCGAGGACAAUGGACGCUGAUGAGGGUCAAGACAUGUCCCGAGUUUCAGGGAAGGAAAGCCCGCCAGUGAGUGACACUCCCGAUGAUGGGGACGAGCCCAUGCCGGUCCCUGAAGACCUUUCCACCACGUCUGGCGGACAGCAGAGCUCCAAGAGUGAGAGAGGAGUGGUUGUAUAUGGGGCCGAUGGCUUUAGGGAUUUUCAUGCACUAAUUCCCAAAUCUUUCUCUCCCAGUAAUGUUAAAGUAGAGGCUCAGAGUGAUGAAGAGAAUGCGCGUGCCUGUGAGCUGAAUGGGGAAGAAUGUGCGGAGGAUUUACGAGUGCUUGAUGCCGCGGGAGAGAAAAUGAAUGGCUCCCACAGUGGCCAAGGCAGCAGAGCUUUGUCGGGAGCUGGAGGCAUUCGACUUCCUAACGGCAAACUAAAGUGUGAUGUCUGUGGGAUAAUUUGCAUCGGCCCCAAUGUGCUCAUGGUCCACAAGCGAAGCCACACUGGGGAACGGCCUUUCCAGUGCAACCAGUGCGGGGCCUCGUUCACGCAGAAGGGCAACCUGCUUCGACACAUCAAGCUGCACUCCGGGGAGAAGCCCUUCAAGUGCCACCUCUGCAACUACGCGUGCCGCCGGCGGGACGCCCUCACGGGCCACCUGAGGACGCACUCCGUUGGUAAACCUCACAAAUGUGGAUAUUGUGGUCGAAGCUAUAAACAGCGCAGCUCUUUAGAGGAGCAUAAGGAGCGUUGCCACAACUACUUGCAAAGCAUGGGUCUUCCAGGCACCCUGUACCCAGUCAUUAAAGAAGAAGCUAAUCACAGUGAGAUGGCAGAAGAUCUGUGCAAGAUAGGAUCAGAGAGAUCCCUCGUGCUGGACAGACUAGCAAGUAACGUCGCCAAACGUAAGAGCUCUAUGCCUCAGAAAUUUGUUGGGGACAAGUGCCUGUCGGACAUGCCCUAUGACAGCAGCGCCAGCUACGAGAAAGAGAACGAGAUGAUGCAGACCCACGUGAUGGACCAAGCCAUCAACAACGCCAUCAGCUACCUGGGGGCAGAGUCCCUGCGCCCGCUGGUGCAGACGCCCCCGGGCAGCUCGGAGGCGGGGCCGGUCAUCAACCCCAUUUACCAGCUCCACAAGCCCCACGCGGAGGGCCCCCCGCGGUCCAACCACUCCGCCCAGGACAGCGCCGUGGAAAACCUGCUGCUGCUCUCCAAGGCCAAGUCGGUGUCCUCCGAGCGGGACGCGUCCCCGAGCAACAGCUGCCAAGACUCGACGGACACGGAGAGCAAUAACGGGGAGCAGCGGGGCCUCAUCUACCUGACCAACCACAUCAACCCGCACGCGCGCAACGGCCUGUCCAUCAAGGAGGAGCACCCAGCCUACGACGUGCUGCGGGCGGCCUCCGAGAGCUCCCAGGACGCCUUCCGCGUGAUCGGCACGAGCGGGGAGCCCAUGAAGGUGUACAAGUGCGAACCCUGCCGGGUGCUCUUCCUGGACCACGUCAUGUACACCAUCCACAUGGGCUGCCACGGCUUCCGCGACCCUUUCGAGUGCAACAUGUGCGGCUACCACAGCCAGGACCGCUACGAGUUCUCGUCCCACAUCACGCGGGGCGAGCACCGCUUCCACAUGAGCUAAGCCGGCCGAGAGAGGCACGCGGGGCCCAGGCCCUCCCCUCCUGCCAGCAGCCCGGACUGGACCAGAACCUUGUGCUUUGAUUUCUAGGUGGAUUUUCGUUUCGUUUUGUAUUUUUUUUUUAAGUCGGUUGGUUGGCUGGGGUUUGAUUUGCUUUGGAACCCGAGAUUUUUAUUGUUAGAGACAAGGUUACAUAUGGACACCCCCACCCCCGCCCCCCAAACUGCUGUUACUAGAUGUGCUCAUAGACUGUUAGCCGAAAUCCCCCUCUCCGCUUCCUAGAAUUCCCCUCCUCCAAAGAGUUGCUCAUUUUUAGAGAAUGUUUGGUAAAAAUAGGUCAGGGCAUGGGAAGGAAUGAGCUGUGCUAAGCGUCCCCUGUACCCCAUGUGACUGCCAAGGCCCCAGAUGCAGUGAGCACAGCCCUUGGUCCUCAGCCUGGCAGGUGCCCCCCGACACAGCAGGGCCAAGAAACCCAAGCCGGAGCGUCUGAUCGCGUGCAUCUAGGUCUGGAAGCCUGCAGUUUGUAAAAGAUGUGAUUGUAAGUCACAGCCUGAACAAAAAGUACAUUGUUGGAGCAAUGCUGGACUCCCCGGGCAAAGGGCACAAGGAGGGGUCGGAGGACCUGGUGGUCUCCAUCUCAGUUUCCAAACUGCUGUAGCCUUUCUGAGCCUUCUCCAGCUUUGGGCAGGUGGAAGGCGCUCCCAACUCCACACUCCCGGAGGUCCGUCUGGAGACCUCCACCCUCUGCCUUCUCACAUCUGUGCCUCUCAUACCCAGAGUCCGACACUGCUGUUUGAACAUCCAUCGUGAAGUGCUGACCUUAAUUCCUUUGAACCUCUCAAAUGGUAACAUUCCUCAGAAACCAAGGCUUUAUUCCAGAUUCCACACUCCUUCAUUCCCUGGCUGGUUCCACUGAAAGCCAGAAGCCUGUUUCCCCUCCGAGGCCCAACCUAGACCCCAUUUCAAUGAUGUCACUGGUUUGUUUGUUGGUACAUUUCUUUCCCUGCCCUCACGCUGCAUUAUUCUUGUCCUAAAAUCCAUAAAAGGAGCAUGCAGUAUGAUCAGUCGUUUUCAGAGCAAGGAACUGUGAUGAGCAAAGCCCAGGAGAUGUGGCUAACAUGCUGAACCUACUUGUUAGAAACUAAACUUUGCAAAAGUCUUAAACUCCCCUGUAAGGACAGAGCAGCCCCUAUGUGCCCACCCAUAAAUAGGAACGUCCUUUCUCACCCGGGGCUUGGAAGGUGCAGAGUGACCAUGAAACCCGCCAGCGAGGUCUGACGGGAAAGAGGCAGGUGGUUCUGGAGUUAGAACCUUCCUGAGCCAUGUUGCCGGGAGCCCCGCUGAGGUGUUUGGCCAUUCUUGUCCCCACUGGAAGGGGUAGCCCUCAAGGUUAAUCCUAUCAUUAAAGAUAAUAAUCCCAACCACCUAGGCAAGUAAGAGCGGUACAGUUUCCAAUGUUUACAUGUCUUUGCCAAAACUGAACCAAGGUGAACAUGAAAAAAAAAAAAGAAGAAGAAGAAAAAGAAAAAUUGUCUAUAAGCACCCCUGCAUGUAGUCUAAAUCUGGGUUUCUUAGUCACGGUGCCCUUGACAUUUGGGGCUGGAUCAUUGUUUGGGAUGGGGGAGCCCCCUGUGCCUUGCACAAUAUUUAGCAUCAAUCCAGGUCACUACCCAACAGAUACCAGUAACAACCAAAAAUCUCUCCAGAUGUUGACGAAUGUCCCCUGGGGAAGCAAGUCAUCCCGAGUUGAGAACCCCUGCUCCACUUAAACCAGUUGAGGGUCUGAGAACCCUUCCCAAGAGCAAGGGUACUGGAAGAAUUGUUCCCUCUGGGGGUCUAGCUCCUGACCUGUGUUCCUUUGUACUCACUGCAAAUCCUAUAAAUGAAAUAGUCCCUCUCAUUCUUCAGAAG